CAUCAUAAACCUCUAAUUUUGUUUUCUGCAAAACCCUCGAAAGAAAGAGAGAGAAUGAGUCGGAAUCACGCUGCCAUGAUUUUGGGCAGAAUUAUCUCCAAUUCUUCUUUCAAUUCAUCCACUCUCCCCUUUGCUUCUCUACACUCGUUUCUUCUCAAACCCAGAUUCAAUUUUGAUAAUCUCACCCACCAAAUUAGAUACUUCUCCUCCUAUCCCAGAUUCGAUUUUGGAUCUAUACGUGAGCCCAAUGAUGCCGUCGCUCUAUUUCGGGAGAUGGUGAGGACGCAGCCGCGCCCUUAUGCUUCUGUUUUCAGUAAAUUGUUGAGUACUGUGGUGAAGAUGAAGCAAUACUCUCUUGCCCUUCAUCUGAUCGACGAAAUGCUUCAAAGGGAUGUUCCUGUAAAUCACUACAUAUUGAAUAUUGCGAUUGAUUGCUACUGCCGACAGAAAAGACCUGAUUUUGGGUUUGCGAUCUUAGGCAGUUUUUUCAAGCGUGGGUACGAGCCUACUGUUGUAACCUUUACCACUCUCAUUAAAGGGUUAUUGUUGGUUGGAAGGAUCCCAGAGGCAGUUAAAGUGUUGUGGAAGCUGUCGGUCUACCGAUUAUGCGAGCCCAAUGAACGUACGUAUGGUACUAUGAUUAAUGGGAUAUGCAAAGCUGUAGGUAGUCUCCAUGCGCUGGAAUUGCUCUGCUUAUUGGAAAAAGAAAAGGGAAUCUGCAAACCCGAUGUCUGUUCUUACACUGCAGUCAUUGAUCGUCUUUGCAAGGAAGGAAAGGUGAACGAUGCUCUCCAACUCUUCUCUUCUUUGGGUGACAAGGGGAUUUCACCCGAUGUUGUGACAUAUAAUUCAAUAAUUGAGGGGUUAUGCAAUAGGAGAAGAAUGGACGAGGCUGAAGACAUUUUGAAGAAGAUGAUUGUUGAUAAGGUCUGUCCGAAUGUGGUGACAUGUAAUAUCUUUGUGACUGCUUGGUGCAAAGAUGGAAAGGUGCAAGAGGCCGAGCAUAUGUUGGUAUCUAUGAAGGAGAUUGAUGUACAACCCAACAUUUUCAUUUACACUACAUUGAUAAAUGGGUAUUGUAUGCAAGGAAAAAUGGACGAAGCCAGACGCAUUUUCGGAUUGGCAGUAAAUUCUGGAAUCAAGCUCAAUAUCAAUUGCUACAAUAGCUUGAUGAACGGGUAUUGCAAAAAGGGCCAAGUCGAUGAAGUUUCACGAAUUUUUACCAUAAUUCCCUACCAAAGGUUAGAGCGCAAUGUGGUUUCUUAUAGCAUAAUGCUAGAGGCCUUAUUUCGUGAAGGCAAAUGUGAAGACGGCUUAAAGCUGUUCAAAGAGAUGGAAGCUCAACAAGUGUCUCCUGAUAUAAGGACUUACAAUGUUCUCAUUGAGGGAUUGUGCAUUAAUAAUAAAGUUAGACAAGCGAAGGAUCUUUUCGACGAGCUUUCCUCCAAAGGUAUGCAGCCGGACGUCAUAACAUAUACAAUCCUUAUCGGUGCACUUUGCAAAGAAUGGCAGAUAGAGGAGGCUAAGCAUUUGAUGACGCAAAUGGUAAACAACGGUUGCUUGCCGGAUAGUGUGACAUACAAUGUUUUUGUUCAAGGUCUUCUGAAAAGGAACAAGAUGCAUGAUGCAAUGCCACUGUUGGAAGAGAUGGAUUCAAAGGGAUUCACACUUAACGAAACUACUUUAUCAAUGUUGAUUGAACCUAUGGUAAGGGAAGGUAGAGAUAGUGUUUUAUUUGAUAAGGUUAAGAAACUUGUACCGAAGGACCUCUUUUCAAAAUAGGUGUUAUGGUAAGGGAAGGUAGAGAUAGUGUUUUAUUUUGAUUAUUUUAAAUGCUCAAUUGUUUCUCGACUCCAUCUACACUAUGAGGCUGUGAUGAUGAAUUGAUGAUUCUUCCAUCUCUA